AUGAGAAUACUUGAAGGAGAUGAAAAAAGUAUAAAGAAACUAUUGGAACAUUGGAACGAGAAGGAGUUUGCUCAAGCAUAUGUGGGUAUCGGAAAGUUAUACCAUCGAUCUAAGGAGGGGAGUGAAGGUAUAAAUUUUGCUGAGAAGGCGAGGAAGGUUCGGAAUGGCAGAAAUGGAAAGCGGGCGAGAGUGGAAGAAGAGGAAGAGGAAGAGGAAGAGGAAGAGAGAACGGGAGAUGAAGUUGGAGACGGUGGCAGCGGCCCAGGGUAUCCAAUAGCCCGACUAUUGGAUAGCCAUGAUGAGGCAGAUCAAGACAAUAUAGUCAUGGGAAAGAACAAGACUACAUGA